GAAGAACGUGCACACAACAAAAAAAUCGACCAGAUCACAGCCAACUUUUUAAACAACAAAAUCAAAUAAUUAAAAAGCAAACAUUGGGCACCUGACAAUGACAUGGCGUGCAAUUGAUUGAAGAAAAUCUUUUAAUUUGAUAAACAAUUGAGAAGUAACAAUAAAAAUCAGUUUGCAAAAGAAGACUGGAAUUAACAAUAAAAUACGAAUAUUGAAAAAAUAAGUGCAAGUGCGUGUGGUGGGUAAGGUUGAGCUCCAAUUCAAUCGUGACGCCCAUCGACGACGCAGGGACACAAAGAACGCAUACACAACGCAAAAACAGAGUCAUCAACGACGACGACGAAGAAGAAGAGGAAGCAUUUGCAGACGUUUUAACGAAGACAAACCUGGAGACAGGAGGCGGAUCUCUGUGUUAGUAGUUAGUCAGUCAUCUUAUUAGCCAUGACCAUCAAGCCAGUGAGUGCACCCAGUGCCAAACGUGUCUCCGUCAGUGGCAAUGUUGUGGAUGCUGAAAAUAAAGAGCCUCAGGUGGUAGUUGUUGGUGGUGAGCAAUCGGUUGUCAAUCAGACACAUCGCAAUGUCGUCAUCGAUGGCCACAGCCAGAGUCCACAACGUCGCAAUGUGGAGGUAUAUGACGAACUGGCACGCACACACCGUUGCAGUCCACACAAGAGCUCCCGCUCAAAGCGUCGUGAUCAUCAUGAUGAGCGCAUUCAUCAUCACAAGCGUGAUCGUUUGGAACGUGAGAAAUUGACACAUUCAACUGCUGGUGUCGUUAGUGUGGGUAGCAAGAGUCCUCUUGCUACAGUGACGGCUGCUGCCGUUCCAGCUGUGGUCAAUACCAACGGUAGCCCUGCGGCAGUGGGACGCACAUCACCGGAGCAUUCGAUUGGAGCUAAUACCAGCAGCAAGACCCAAACCAAGACUCAAUUAACACCAACAGCAGCUGUAGCCAAUCUACUUAAUGCGGUGGAGGAGACGUUUUCCGGUUACAACAGCGGCGAUGAGCAUCUACAACCAAAGGAUCGCAAGAUAACAGCAGAGGAGUGGCAGCGACGUGACAAUGAGUUUGCCAAGUUCAUGGAACAACGAGGAUAUGAACUAAAGCCCGUCGAAGAGGACGGAGCUUGUCUCUUUCGCUCUAUUUCGUUGCAGAUCUACGGGGAUGAGGAAAUGCACGAUGUUAUACGCCAGCACACCAUGGACUAUAUUCAUGAAAAUCGUGAAUAUUUCGGACAGUUUGUCACCGAGGACAUCAACAAUUAUAUUCAGCGCAAACGUGCCCGGGAUGCCCAUGGCAAUCAUAUUGAAAUUCAAGCCAUAUCUGAAAUCUAUAGUCGCACUGUUGAGGUCUAUUGCUAUCAGGCGAAUCCGAUUAAUAUCUUCAACUCGGAACAGUCACAGCCGGGCUAUCCACCGUUGCGUCUAUCGUAUCAGCGUGGCUCUCAUUACAAUGCAAUUUUGGAUCCAUAUAAUGCCACAGUGGGUGUGGGUCUGGGCUUGGCUGGUUACAAGCCCGCCUUGCAGACCAAGGAGGCAGUCCAUCUCAGUGAGCAGUUGGAGAUCGAGCAGACAAUGUUUGAGGACAAGCUAAAGACCACCGAUUGGGAAGCCACCAAUGAGGCCAUCGAGGAGCAAAUAGCACGCGAAUCCUAUUUGCAAUGGUGUCGUGAUAAUAUGCAGCGCACUCGUAGCAGUAAUCCAGCCGCCGGUUCGGCUACAUCAACAUCAACAGUGACAUCAGCUGAGGCGUUAACCGAUUCAUCGGAUGCUUCACCAUCCAAAUACUCGGGUGACUCGGGCAGUUCACCGACUGCUUCUAGCUCCAAGGGAACCGAUUCAACAGUAUCCACAGCAUUUGGGCUCUCCCCCAAGACGCUGAAUCAGUUUGGCCACAAGCUGGCGCCCCCACCAGAGGCAAUUGAAUUAGGUAGCGUUGGCGGUGGUGGUUCUGGAGCUAAUGCUAAUGGAAGCAGCAGCGGCAGCAGUCCCGGUGGUGCUGGCGGCGGCUAUGACAGCGAUGCAACAGACAUGAGCAGCACCAGUUCACUUGGCCAUGGACCUGGCAGUGCCUCGCCAAAUACAGCAACUACGAAUCAGCGUUCGAGCAAAUCGCGGCGUUCGAAUGGGUCACUGCGCAAGAAACGACGGCAUGAGGCCCGCGACACUACAAUGGCCGGACAAAGCCAAGAUGUAAUCGAAACACCUGUGCGCAAGAGUCCCAAAUGCGAUGCUGUGCCACCUGAUGCUAGGGCCCAGACACCAGAAGCCGAUCAGCAGCCCUGUACAUCGAAGCAAUCAUCCAAUUCGCCACCGAAACGAAACGAUGUUCCAGCUUCUAGUUUUUACCAGGAACUGCUUGAAGCCUCCUAUGCCAAUGAUGGCGUCAAUGAGAGUGAGAUGCUCCAACGGGCCAUACAAAUGUCCACACGGGACUAUAUGGAGGAUCAGAAGCGAAAGUAUUUCACCGGACCAUAAACGAAAUGGCCAAAUGGAAUCAGUAGAGAGAGAGACACAGAUAAAACGAAUAAGAAACCCAAAAGUGGAAGUCGGGGAGGGGGAGAAACAAAAGAAUGGAGGGGAAAAACACAAAAUUUCUGUUGCUCCGCAUUGAUCUUUGUACAGUGAUUCAUAUUUCUUUUCUUCUUUUAAAAGCAAAGAUGAAAACAAAAACAAA